AUGUGGGCAAAAGCGGGAGGACUAGACUUGAUAGACCUGGGUAAUGACUACUUUGUAGUUAGGUUAUUCAAUGACGAGGACUGCUGCAACGUACUAGAAGGCGGAUCGUGGCUGAUCUACGACCACUAUCUAACCAUAAGAAAGUGGGUUCCAGAUUUUAGUCCAUUCUGCACCACUAUCAACAAGAUAGCAGCUUGGGUAAGACUCUCUGACCUGCUGAUCGAAUACUACGACAAGCGUUUUCUGGGAACAGUGGGAGACCAGAUUGGAAAGACGCUUAAAGUUGACAUGAACACAGCAAACCAGUCAAGAGGUAAAUUCGCGCGCCUCUGUGUAGAGCUAGACCUGACCAAGCCUCUAGAUGCAAAAUAUAUGAUAAAUGAUAAUACAUAUUUCAUUGAAUAUGAGGGUUUACAUAUGAUUUGUUUUAACUGUGGACGUUUUGGUCAUGUUAAUGAGGCAUGUACACAUGGAAACACUUCUGUAUUUAACCAUAACAAUGCAGAUGAGAACCAACAGCCAGGACAAGCAGCGGAGGAGCCCAUGGAAAGAAAUCAGAUGCAGAAAGAGGGGGAUGAGAAGAGUGGAGAAGACAAGUAUAAAAUAGUUAUUUCAAAAAAUGCCAAUCAUGGUGCCUAG